GUAAACUAUAACCUGAAGUAUUUUUCAAAAAUACAAGUAUAAUCAAUAUAUUUCACAAGUAUAAAACUGUCACAGCUGCACCGUUGAUUAGGAUCGAUUCUCCGUCCGCGCAAAACUAUUUUCUCGAAAUUCCAAAACAAAAUUUUAAAGGAGUCUAUUCCGUUAUUACCAGUUAAUUUUUAAAUGUAUCCCCUUAUAGACGUAUGUAUAUCUUACGUAUUUUAAGGUAAUCAUUAUAUUAUCUUCACUAAAAUCAGUACUAGAAUCGCGCCUUCUUCCUCUACAACAGCAACAAUUCAAAUAGAAUAUUUGGGAUAACCCUGUAUAUGGUAUGUACAUAUGUAAUCGAAGAACCAAGCGAGUGGAAUGUUGAGCCGGAGCGGAGGUCGGGUAUAUUAGAUGUGCAAUUGAGAGGCAAAACAGCUGUGUCAUGAUACAAACACAGUUAUAUAUUUGUGCAUAUAUAAUUUAUAUUGAGUACAAAUUUAAUACUCGUCCAACAACACCUUGUUUAAUUGCAUCUACACUUUCGGAAUACUUUCUAUCUACAUAUACAUACAUAAAUAUGCACUCGUACUGCUCUCUAUAGCAAACGACGUAUCAAGCCGCAUAUCUCCCGGUGUUUAUAGUUUUUGUCGUUUGUAGUCGUUUCAAGUUUUAGCAAUCAAGAAUUUUAAUCGACUAGUGUAGUAGCUGUAGUCACAUUUGAUAGCUCAGAAGCUGGUCCACGUUCGAGUAGAGACGUCGUGUUUUCGUUUGGUGCAUUGAACUCGUUUCUGUUCCUUAUUUUUUUCUGAAUAAAGGCACUUUUUUACAUAAUACAUAUAAUACUUGUACAAAAUGAGAUUAGAAUAAAUUAACACAAAGCAAUAGUUCGUUUAUUGUACGUAAAUCGUGUGCCUAAGGCGAAAAAUACUGUAUCUCAAUCACUUGAACUUAAUAAGCGAUUUAUAUUUGUUCAUAUUGAACCGGAAUGACAUUGAGCAAUCAAUGACAAUUUUUAUAAAAAAUAAAACUGUUAAACAAAAUUUCAGGUGUACUAAAUGAAAACAAUUAAAACAAGUCCAUUAAGAGUGGAGAAAUAAAUUGGAAAAUAGGCAAAAAUCGAAAUUAAACAACAAAGUAUCAACUGCUCAGCGAAGCGCAUAUUUUUAUCAUAGCGAAAAAACAACAAGAGCAAGUUUAUGGUGAGGGUGUGUAUGAGUUAAAUUGAAUUGACAGAAGGACGUCUUAAAUAAUAGUGCAGUGUGCCGGCGGCGGAAGUGCUCUUGAACUUCAUGUUUGCACUAAAAUACCAACAGAGUGAGAAGAGAAUUUUUGAAAAGUCGUGAGAGCGGUAGAAAUUUACUAAAGUGAGUAGGAAAAAGCUUUCACAACCGCAUUCAUUGCUGUGCAAUACGAAGAGAAAUUCCACGUUGUCAAGGAUAUUGAAUUUCGAGGAUUAAAACGCCAAACAACAACAAUACGUAUGGAUGCACUAAGUGAUUUAUUGGCUCCUUAUAGUGAUGCCAUCGCAAAAGUUGCCGGAACGAUUACAACUUUUCAAUUUCUGUCCGGUGUAUUUUUGCUAAACGAUAUACGCAAAAGGGGGCGUAGUGAUGGAUAUCCUCCAGAACCAUUUCUCGGUGGUGUCGUACUUUCGGUUCUUACUUUAAAGAUGGGCACAUUAAUGGGCGAUUCUGCUACUAUUAUGGUUAAUAUUCUCGGCUUUGCCAUCAACGUCGUUUUCUUGACUGCAUUCUAUUGGUACUCUUCGAAUGAGCUUAAAAUGAAAAUAUGGUCGAAAAUUGGUAUUGCUGGAGCUUUCACAGUAGCCUGUUUAGCGUAUGCGGCUUUUGAAGAUCCGAAGAAAAUUGAAUUCCGUUUUGGUUUGCUCAUCACUGGGAUAUUAGUAUUUUUAGUUGGAUCGCCACUAUUACAUCUUAAUAAAAUAAUUGAAAAGAAAAGUACAGAGGGUAUGCCAUUCCCAAUUAUAUUGACUGGUACACUAGUAGCUGGGUCGUGGGCGUUGUAUGCGAUUUCUAUCCGUAAUUUCGUGAUGGCUUAUCAAAAUUUAUUCAUAUUGGCGUUGAGCUCUAUACAGUUAUCGUUAUUCGCCAUUUACCCGAUCUCUCCUGCAGUGUCGGAGUCUUCGGUAAAGCAUUCGCCAUCCACAUUGGAACACAAAAAAUCCAAAAACAAGACGUCAAGCCCUUCGGCAACUAGUGUUGAUAGCAAGAAGAAAAAUUGAUUAUGAGUCUAUGUAACGGAGGCUGUGACCGCGCCUACACAUUGAUGUUGAUGAAAAAAAAAGUGAAGUUGAUAUUGAAAAUGUCUUCUUCAAAUAGAUAUAUUUAAUUCAGUUUACAAUAAUAUGCUUGUGCUUUUAACAAUCUAAUUGCUAAGGCGCAUUCUACUUAAUAUGCAUUACUUGUUCUUCCAAAUUUGCACCAAAAGCAAAACAAUUUAUUAAUAAAUUUAUACACUUCGAUUGUAAUUUUUGACAAUAAUACAAAACUUCCAAGUACACUUAAAGUAAAUCGUUAAAUUUAUUAAGUAUUUUAAUGUAAAAUAACAAAUGUUUGUAUUAUGUAAAUUGUAUUUGGUUUGUAAAUAAAAAAAAUAUAUUGCUUAAUUUUUAAAUAAUUUACACAUUAUUUUGAGCUUUGAGCCUAAGAAACCAAGAAAAAUCGGAUUUAUUAGACUACUGUUGCAACAAAUACACAAGAGGAAUUGAUAAAAAAAAAA